AGCCAUGUUUGAUUGAGUCAGUGUUAUUGUUUUUGACUUCACUUUUCAGUAAUUAGGGCAAAGGUAACGGGAGCGAUUCCCGAUCUGGUGUUGAAUGUAAGCUUCGAGGUUCUUCAGUAAAGUAUCGAGACUGCGUUUAUAGCCGUUUCUGCAUUGCUACAGUCUCUUGUCUCAUUGAGUUGAAUCGGUCCAGUAGUAAUGGAUAAUCGGGUGUUCGAGUCCACUGCGGAGCGGACGUUUCAGUAUCAGAGCAGCCUCCCUCCUCUACCUGUGCCCGAUCUACACGACUCUCUCAACAAAUACCUGCAUGCAGUAAAACCUUUUGCAUCUGAGGAGGAGUUUCGAGCCACAGUGGCCAUUGUGAAACGCUUUGAGGAGGGCAUUGGACAACACCUACAUCAGAAGCUUCUGAAGAGAGCCAAGAGCAGGCGCAACUGGCUUGAGGACUGGUGGCUGGACACAGCGUAUCUAGAGGUGCGCAUCCCCUCUCAGCUGAAUGUGAAUUUUGGAGGACCUACAGCCUACGUGGAGCACUGCUGGCCUGUACGUGAUGGCACACAGCUAGAGAGGACCAGCUUGAAUUUGUGGCUCAUCCUCCAGUACUGGGACCUUAUCCGCACGGAGAGGCUGGCCGUUCAUAAAGCAGGAACGAUGCCCUUUGACAUGGAUCAGUUCCGCAUGCUCUUCUGCACCUGCAAAGUGCCUGGCGUCAAUAAAGACACCAUCCUCAACUUCUUCAAAACAGAGAGCGAAGGACCCUGCCCUUCUCACAUGAUAGUGAUGUGUCGUGGGAGGGUCUUCACAUUUGAUGCUCUCUGUGAUGGUCGUAUCCUCACUCCCCCAGAGCUGUUGAGGCAGCUGACUUACAUUAAAGAAUGCUGUGAUGGAGAGCCGGAGGGGGAUGGAGUGAGCGCUCUCACCACUGAAGAAAGGACGCGCUGGGCAAAGGCUCGGGAGUAUCUGAUCUCCAUUGAUCCUGUGAAUAAGACCAUACUAGAGACCAUUCAGAGCUCUUUAUUUGUGCUCGGCCUGGAUGAUGCCAAGCCCUAUUCCAGCCCUGAAAACUACACACAGUUGACCCACCUGGCAUUAACUGGUGACCCCACGAUCCGCUGGGGUGAUAAAUCUUACAAUCUGAUCUGCUUCUCCAAUGGGACCUUCGCUUCUAACUGUGAUCAUGCGCCAUAUGAUGCCAUGGUCUUGGUAUCUAAUGGAUAUUACGUAGAUCAAAAAUUGAGGGCCUGUGGUGGAGUGUGGAAGGGUUCAGAGGUUGUGCGUGAGAUGCCUGUGCCGGAGGAGCUGAUAUUCACCGUAGAUGAAGGGGUGAGGAGAGACAUCGCCCUGGCUAAAGAACAGUACACCAAAACUUCUCAGGACCUGCAGGUCGUCAGCUAUGCCUUCACCUCAUUUGGAAAAGCAGCCAUUAAGAAGAGAAAUCUUCACCCUGACACUUUUGUCCAGCUGGCUCUGCAGUUAGCAUACUACAGGCUACACGGAAAGUCUGGUAGUUGUUAUGAGACCGCCACCACACGCCGUUUCUUUCAUGGCCGCACGGAGACCAUGAGGCCCUGCACUGUGGAGGCCCAGCACUGGUGCGGAACCAUGUUGAACCCUACAGCCACUACUGAAGAGAAAAGACAAGUUUUAAAUGCAGCCUUCAGCAAACAUAACAAACUGAUGGCAGAGGCGCAGGAUGGAAAAGGCUUUGACAGACACCUCCUGGGCUUAUACCUGAUUGCCAAAGAGGAGGGUCUUCCUGUGCAUGAACUCUACACAGAUCCGCUCUAUACUAAGAGUGGAGGAGGGGGGAGUUUUGUGCUUUCCACUAGUCUGGUGGGCUACACCACUGUACUGGGAGCAGUUGCACCAAUGGUGCCACAUGGAUAUGGGUUUUUCUACCGCAUUCGUGAUGACAGAAUUGUUGCGUCCUGCUCCGCUUGGAAGUCCAACCCAGAGACAGAUGCUGAAACCCUGUUUCAGAACCUCUGCACCUCUUUACAUGACAUCAUGCACGUCACUACCCAGUCCCAGCUGUGAAGCAGAGCAUUCUGGGAAGUAACCUCACUGCUUUAGUUAUGCCAUUGGACAGGAGCAAAAGGGCUGAUGUCUUAGACAUGACCUUACCUUUAGACAGAUCUACCAUGCUGUGAAUUUAAAAUGGUUCAUAUGCCCUCUUGUUCGGUCAUAUCCAGAAUAUAUACAUUAGAUAGAGUAGAAUUGUGAAGAAAUGUGAAAUUUGUUUGAGAAAUUACCAGACAUUAAGGUGUUGAUUUUCAGAAAGAAUCUGGAUUUAGUACAGCAGGUGCUUUAAACUCUCACGUGCCUUCAGUUAGUCGUCUCUGAAUCACUUCAAUCAGGAAAUCCGCCUCUGAGGGGGCUGCAUGAUUUUUAACCUACAGUUUUUGCUACAUUAGCAGUAUUGUUUCCUGUUAACUGUAGAUCUGUGAAACUGUAUGUCACAGGAUGCUCAUGCAUCAUAAGUCCACUAGAUGGAGACAUUAACAAAAUGAUUUUAAUAUUCUCAAGUGAUUUAUAGGCAAUAAACAGCCAUCAAGUGUGGAAGUCCAUCUUGAGCUGUUAUUAACCCCUUACACUCAUACACAACAGAUAGACUGUUAAUGCACAAAUCAAUGCAACAGCGCAAGUAUAAUGCAGAUAUAUAAUUCCUCUUUAUUUUCAUAAUUUGAAGAUUUUCUUAUACGGUUUUCAAACUUUAAGGCUUAAUGCACUGUAGUCGAAUCUUUUUUCACCAAUAGGAUAUAAAUGAAUGUUUUUAUAAUGUAGAUAUACAUGCUUUGUUACUGUUUGUUAACAAUUGUAGGUUUAAUUUGCACUGCUUUCCUAUUUAUUGGGAAACACUGAAUAAAUGUUCCUGAAAGUUGUAAUUUUGAUUGGUUCAGAUAUUACAGGCUGCUUCCUUCCUUAAAUGACCUUAAAUGUUUUCCACCUGUUAUUUUGAAUGGCAAAUUUUGUCAUUCAUGCAUGUAGAUUUGAAUGGGAAUUGCCCACAAAUUUACCAAGAACACAAGUUUGCUUGUCGCCAUUACCUGUAAAAGAUAUUGUAAACAUUGCCACUGAGUAUUCAUAUGGUGUGAAUAAUCCAUGUAUUUCUGUAAGAAUUUUAUUUGUCCACUUGCUUUAUCAUUUAUGGCCUCAAAUAUGACUGAUUGUUUUCGUUUAUUGCAUUUUUGAGACUGGCGUCUCUGAAAAGUGCGUUGACUGUAAAUAUAUUACAGUAGCAAUUAAAAUGAUUACAGCUCUCAAAUCUAAAUGCUUGUUUAACGCAUAGUUACUUUUGUGGAAAUAAUAAUUUAGACUUUAUUUCAUAAGCGUCUCAGUGUGAAAGCAAAGCACAGAUGUGAACUUUGUUUUACAUAGGUGUAAAUGCAGCAAAUCUUUAAACCAGUGUCUUGGUGAAAUAUUUUCUUUUUAUGGGAAGGCAAGUGAAUUAUUAAAUCUUUAUCAGUAUCUAGCUUGGCAUAUGGCAUCCUAUCACUGUGACUUAGGUUUGUAAACUUAGUCAGCAUGAAAGGAAAAUUCAAUUCAAGUUAUUUUUUCUGAAUGCAUGUUGUUGGUCUCAUUGUGAAUGAAUGAAUGAAUCAACCAUUCAUAUUUUACCUAUUUUAUUUUUUUUAUUCUUAACUGGAUCUAAGGGUGAAAUGUCAGACUUCUCUCUGAUUUAUUCUGGGCUGUUCCAAUCAUUUUGCUCACAUUCAGAUCUGCUUCCAAUCAGCUACUGGUGAAUAGAAUAGUUCCUGUCCUACAUUUCAGAGGAAACGCUACGUGCAUUUCAUUGCAUCUUUAUGUAAUUUAAGUGCAAAAAAAUAAUAAAAAUGACACAUUUUGAA